UUCCUCUGCGCCGAAGCUGACACGUCUCCACAGCGCCCUCUGCCGUCUGCAACGUGUAGUACAGAAAACGCGAAAUGUGUUUAAAACGCGCUAUGGCAACAAAGGUUUUGUUUGUGUUUUUUAAGAAUGCGUUUCAAAACGGGGAACUCAUGUAGAUUUAUUCACACAAAAUGUUGUUUUUUAUGAUUGUGCCAUACAACAAACGAAAACUGAAACAUUAAGUGUCACAGAUCAUUCAGUGUAUGAGAAAUCAAGGUUUCAGAGUCUAAAGAAGGAGUAGAGAGACCCACAAUCCAAGCUGUCAAGUAUGAAGUUUGCAAAGCCAAGGACGAUUCGAGGAACCAUGUCAUCUGCAGCCAUGGCUGGCCCGGUCAGCUUGGAGCUGGAUCCGAUCUUCCUGAAGGGACUGAGCUACCUGCACUCAAAGAGCAAAGAUUCAGCAGAGAAGCUCAAAGCUCUGCUCGACGAGUCCAUGGCGAGAGGAAGUGACUCGUCCUACCGCUCCCUGCAGAAAGAGGUGGAGGUGUCGAAGGUUUCCAUGUCGAAGCUCAGCUUGAGUAAGCAAGAGUCCAAGUCAUCGGGUUCCUCCUCUACCAGCAGCAGCACAAGCAGCAAAUCCAGCUCAGAGAAAAGCAAGAAGGACGUGGAGAAAAGGCCGUUAGAGAAGCAGGUCAGGGUUGACCUCAGUGAAGUGGAACCCCCGAAAAAGCCUCGUUUGGAGAAGCAGGAGAGUCGCUCUUCUCCCAUCACGGUUCAGACGAGCAAAGACCUGCUGCCAAACAUCAGCGACUACGAUGAGACCAACGCUGAUGACUUUGCCAUGGAGAUGGGCCUGGCCUGUGUGGUUUGCAGACAGAUGACUGUGACCAUGGGAAACCAGUUGGUGGAGUGCCAGGAGUGUCAUAAUCUCUACCACCAAGAGUGUCAUAGGCCCCAAGUGACGGAUAAAGAAGUAAACGACCCCCGACUCGUGUGGUACUGCGCUCGCUGCACCAGGCAAAUGAAACGCAUGGCCCAGAAACCUCCACAGAAACCGUCCCCUGCCUCUGCGUCAUCCGCGCCCGUAGUAAAAGACACCGUGGUGAAGAAGACGGACCCCAAACUAAAGACCGACACGACCAGCACCUUCCAAGCUUUCAAAAGAACAGAAGUCAAGCCUCCUGCCACGUUAGCCAACCCCACCAGCAGCAGCUCCUCCUCCCCAGGCAGCGGUCUCACCGGCUGGGCCGCAUUUGGUGCCAAAACAAACCCGUCUGUUCCCACUACCUCCAAACUGGCCUCCUCCGGCCCGAGUGGGAGCAGCAAGACCCUGACGGCUCCUUCGGGUCAGAAACCAGUGGGGUUGUCGGGUCUAGCAGGAGCCAAGUCGGGACUCGGGGGUGCGAAGGUUACCGGGAGCAGCAACGGAAACGGCUCCGGCCAGGCGACUCUGAAACCUCCCCCGCCUCUGACGCUCGGUAAGCAGGCGCUUAACCGCUCAUCUAGCGGCGAGAGCCAAGGGAAAGGCUCCGCCUCACCUGGAGCAGGCUCACCGAGCGGCUCCCAGGCAGCGGCUGGGGGGAACGGAGGGAGCAACGGAGGAGGAAACGGGAACAAUGGGAACGGCUCAAAGGGCGCACCGACCUCUCAAGAGUCCCAGGCUAACGCCAUGAAACGCCUGCAGAUCUUUAAGAAGAAAGCGGCUCAGAAGAAGCUGAAGAAAUGAGUCGAGGUUUAGAGAAACGGACAUGGAGGACAGAGGGAGAUGUGAGGGAGUAGAAAGUGAAACGUGUGAUAUUGGCGCUUUUUUUUUUUUUCUGCACAAGGAGCAACCACCAUCCAGUCACAUGCUCGAACUUUACUGUGUGUCAAUGCUGCUGUGUGCCUCUUCUGUCCUAGCAAACCUAACCAAUGAGCAAAGUGUCACUUUUUGGACAAACCGGUAAAUAAAUCAUCUCUUCUCACAAA